AUGGCUUCAAGUAAUGCUAGAGCUCUUUCACCUCCAAUCUUUAAUGGUGAAAAUUAUCAAAUAUGGGCUAUGAGAAUGAAGGCUUUGUUAAAGGGGUUGGAUUUAUGGGAGGUAGUAGAAACGGGAGCUGAUCCUUCACCUUUAAGAGCAAACUCAACAGUUACUCAACUCAAGCAUUAUGCUGAAGAAUCAGCUAAGAAGUUUAAAGUUCUCUCCUACAUACACUCAGCUGUGUCUGAGUCAAUAUUCACACGCAUUAUGGCAUGUGAAACUGGAAAAGAAGCCUGGGAUAGGCUUAGAGAAGAGUUUCAAGGGAGUGAGAAUACAAGACAGAUGCAGGUCUUGAAUUUGAGAAGAACAUUCGAAGCCUUGAAGAUGAAGGAGACAGAAAAUGUCAAAGAAUAUUCUGAUAAAGUUAUAAAAGUUGUCAAUCAAAUCAGAGUUCUUGGAGAGGAUUUGCCAGAUAAAAGGGUGGUAGAAAAAAUUCUUGUGAGUCUUCCUGAAAGGUUUGAAGCAAAAAUCUCCUCUCUUAAAGAUUCAAAGGAUGUUUAUCAAAUAUCACUUGCAGAGUUAGUUAAUGCUCUGCAAGCUACUGAACAGAGAAGAUCUUUGACAUUAAAAUAUCAAACUGAGAAUGCAUUUGUCAUGAAAAAUAAAGGUAGAGAUCAGUUCAACUCAGAAGGCAAAAGGACAACUGAUAAAAGAAACAAAAGGGAAGAAAUCAGAAGUUUUGAAUAUCUUUCAGAAAUUCAAGACUAUGGUUGA